GGGUGGGAAUACAUUGGCGUCUGCAGAGAACACAUCCACAAGCGCUGGACCAUCUGCCCCCGGGGAGGGACGACCUAUACAGCAACCUACUCCUUCGUAUACGCACACAAAGGGAGCACAAUGGUUUUUGGACUUCGUUGUUCAGGGGGACCUUUUUGGGCCAGCUGUUUUCAUGCAACCCACUUGCGUUACAGACGCUGGGGGAGCGGUCAACGUUGUUCCUCUCGGUACCGUCGUGUCGUGCGCGAAGACUCCUGGAGGUUUGCUCAGGCUGCACACUAACGGCUUGUACGACGAGUGCAGACUGCCUAUCAGAGGUGUUAAAGGUGUGAUAGUGACCAUCAAGCGUUUCGCGGGGUACGGCUCGAACAUGCCAUUGUGCUCUCACUUCAAAGACCUUUACGAUGGUGGCAGCAAGCGUCUUCCAUCGCCAGAGCAAUAUCUCAAUCUCGCGUUGAUGGUGCCGAAAGAACGUCCGGUUCUUCCGCCAGAGCAUGUUUUCCGGCUUCUGCCACCCCGUGAGGGGUCGUCCGGCUUGGCUCAAGAAACUCCAGGUACGGCAGUGGGGCGCAGGAGUCCGAUUCAAGACGCUGGGGGUCGGGUCAAGGGACGCAGCGUUCACACGCAGGUCGUCCCGGAUGCUCUUGGGAACACGUCAGACUUGCAUUCUCAAUGUACAGGGACUCAACGGGUCGGUACUCCGAAAAUUAUCAAGGUCCGCUGCGGCGGCGACAUGUAUUCGCUUCGAGAUGAGACGACAAGAGAUUCAAGCAGAUCGGGGCUAGAUGUCGGAGGGAAUGAGGCUGAAGGGAUGGGCGCUGUCCGCGAAAGCUCUGGCGGGGUGCAGACUCCUUCGGAGUCCUUCGGAGAAGAAGAGCGAGCGACAGAGGAUUGUGCGAGAGGAGGUGGCGGAAGAAACCCUCCGCAUGAAGAGGAUGAGAGGAAAAUCGGAGGCGGUGAUGGGCGGGGAUAGAGGUGACGACGGAGAACGUGCCUCGGGAAAGA